AUGUUGUUGUUUAUCAGAUUGCACAAACAGUUGGCAGAAGAUGAUGAGACUAUAUCUGAAUAUAAGACUAGAAUUAAAUCCCUAGAACGAGAUCUUGAGUACCAUAAUCAAGAAAUUAAUCUUCUAGGAAACUCACUAGUAUUAAGGGAGGAUAAAAUUGACACUUUGAAAAAAGAGAAUAAAUCAUUAUCAAUACAACUUAAGAAAGCUUUGAAAGAUGUUAAGUAUAAGGAAGAAGGUUUAACAUCAAGGGAUAAUCAAUUGAUUGGGCUUGAAGAUAAGAUUUUGACUCUUAAAACAAGAAUAAAAGAGAUUACAUCAU